GCUUGUUUCCUUCCCCCCAGCCUUCGUGUAUAGAUCACCUUAUGGACCUUCCAACAGAGGGUGAGAAAUUGCAGCAUUAUACCCGCCAGAGACCCAGACCCAAUAGAGUCUGCCGAAAGCCUCCAAGAAAAUCUCAUGGACUGUCUUCAUAUAGUGAAAGUGCAGAUAAAAUUCAAACUGAAGUAUGCCCUAAAGUGGACGAGGGAAUAGAUGAAUUCUUCUCAAAGAAAAUCAUCCAAGAAUAUCACCAGUCUCCACUCCAUGUUUCUUCGGGAACCGUCACACUUUCACCAUCAGGAUCAAGAACCUUCAAAAAGAAGAUAGGAGAGUUUUUUGCACUUAGAAAGCCAAGAUCGGCCAAAAGCGCAAAGUUUGAAAAAGAACAAAACCUGGUAGUUGCAAAAGGCAGGAAACAGAGUUCAGCAAAUGUAUUGAGGCCCCUAUGCAAGAGUGGAGAGACAGCAGAGUGGCAGGAUGCAGACAAAGAUGUCACAUCUCCAGAGAUAAGAUCUGUUGUUGACUCUACAUGGACCCCAGAUGCUGCAAGGAGAAUCAAACCAAGAUACUCAAGAGAAGGAAAAUCUCAAUCACUGAUUAUCCUUUCACGGGAUGAUGAAGAGUCAUUUGCAAAUAAACAGAAAAAACAUUAUGGAAAAAACGAUGACGAUGUUUGCAACACAUUUGAGCACAGAGUUCACAGCAUGCUACAUCGUAUUGGUGUUACACGGAUCUUAUCAUCCGAAAUGAAGAAAAAGCAGAGUAAAGAUGGUGAAAUCAAAAAAGCUGGAUCAGAAGGAGACAUUGUGGAUAAUUCUGCUGAUUCCCCACCACCAUCUCUAAAAGUUCGAACUCAUUCAUUGUCCACAGCAGAGAGAAUAUCUCCAAACAUAGCUGACCCGCUUCACAAUCCUACAGAAGGCAUGCAAGUCUGGAAAAGCCUAAGAAAACAGCUAAACACAGAGCUCAAGGGGAGGCAUAUGGAACUUCACUCUUCGCCAAGAAGAUCCUUAGCAAUCAUUGAUCAUGUUGAAACAACCUUACAAAAAAAAACAGGGGGCAGUCUACCAGCAUUUGAACAAUGUUCUCCCGUCCCUUCACUCAGCCGAAGCACUCAUUUGGGCAUCACUUCUGAGGCAAACAACUCAACUAUUAAAGUUUUUGGGGAAGAAGAAAAUGUCAUCAAACCGCAGCUUCGUUUAAAGCAAUUUCAGAGUAGGAGAGCUGUCUCGGCACAUGAAGAUCAGCUUAGAGAACAGGGAUAUACGUCUGAAUUGGCCAAUGUUGAAAUCCCUGUUGCUCAACUACAGAGGUCACCAGUAAUAAAACUGAAACAGCUAAGUGAAAAUUUCACUGAGACUAAAUGUAUGAAAGACACACGAGAUUCAAAGAAGUGUGACCAACAAAGGAAACCCCCAGAUUCCCCAUUGCCAAUGAAAUCAGAAGGAACCACAACAAGUAUUGCUUUAGAAACUGCACAAAAUACAGCCAUAGACCAAAGAAUUGAGAUUACAUCAAACCACUCACCCACUGACAGUAACUAAUACACAGUAUUUGAAUUGGUUGCCCUAUUACUUGA